AUGAGUCCACCUGGGCAGUUCUUUCUGAUUCUCUUAACGACCCGAGCGGUAUGUGUCCAUCUGGCCUGUGGCAUAGUCUUGCGCGGCCAUGGCGAGGGCGGCCGGAGAGACGGGCCUUUGAGGAAGACACGAGGGAGUGUUGGUACUGCCAUAAGAGAGCAGGCUACAGAAGGCCUAGAGAAAAUCCGGAGGAAGCAGAGAUGUUGGCAUGCGACACCAAAGAAGUGGAUAUGCCGAGUUGGGCUACAGACUCGGUGCCCAACCUCAUGGGAGACGAAGUCGUUUCAUCCUGUACACUUCGAAUCACUCGGGCUCGGCCAGUUCCUGUCUAAGCUUUCUGGGGCCCCUCGAGCUCGGUACACAAGUCACCCAGGGGAUGACACUGAUGAUGUCCCGCUUACAACCACUAAAGCCACUGGGCUCCAGGAUGGGGAGUGCGAAGGAGAGUAG